AUGGAGCUCCUUGUUCAGCUCGUCGCUAGCCAAAUCCUACGCAUCACUUGCUACUUGAUUGCCAUUACCUUCAUCUCCGUAUUUGUCAACAUAAUCAACCAACAAUUCUUCUACCGUCGCAAUGAACCCCCAGUCGUGUUCCAUUGGUUUCCCAUUGUCGGAAGUACGGUGCGCUACGGAAUGGAUCCCUACAAGUUCUUCUUUGAGUGUCGAGAAAAGUACGGAGACAUCUUCACGUUUAUCCUACUGGGAAAGAAAACCACUGUCUACCUAGGGAUAGAAGGAAACGAGUUCAUUCUCAAUGGGAAACUCAAGGAUGUCAACGCGGAAGAAGUGUAUGGCAAGUUGACCACGCCAGUCUUCGGAUCGGAUGUGGUUUACGAUUGUCCGAAUUCGAAACUGAUGGAGCAGAAGAAGUUCGUGAAAUUCGGCCUCAGCCAAGAAGCCCUAGAGGCAUACGUGCCCCUAAUCGAGCAAGAGGUGGAGCAAUACAUCAAAAUGUCCAGCAGGUUCAAAGGCACCUCGGGCACAAUUGAUCUCGGUGCCACAAUGGCCGAGAUAACCAUCUUCACAGCAGGUCGCACGCUGCAAGGCGACGAAGUCCGCGCAAAGCUGACCUCGGAAUUCGCCGACCUCUUCCAUGACCUCGAUCUGGGCUUCUCCCCUAUCAACUUCAUGCUCCCUUGGGCACCACUACCUCACAACCGUAAGCGAGACGUAGCGCAUGCCCGCAUGCGCGAAAUCUACUUAGACAUCAUCAAUGAGCGUCGUCAGCAAGUCGCGACCGGCGCCAACCAAGGACACCAGGCUAAAGAUAUGAUCUGGCACCUCAUGGACUGCGUAUACCGAGAUGGAACCCCAAUCCCAGAUAAAGAGAUCGCGCAUAUGAUGAUCACAUUGUUGAUGGCGGGCCAACACUCUUCGUCUGCUAUCAGCUGCUGGAUUCUACUCCGGUUGGCAUCGGAGCCUGAGAUGACAGAGAAACUCUAUGCCGAGCAGAUCAAUGCCCUGGGAAGUUCCUCGGGCUCGCUGCCGCCGUUGACAUAUAGUGAUCUUGAGAAACUGCCUUUGCUUGCAUACACUAUUAAGGAAACCCUUCGUAUCCACUCUUCUAUUCAUACCCUCAUGCGCAAAGUCAAGAAUCCUCUUCCCGUGCCGGGUACGAACUACGUCGUGCCUACGACACAUACGCUGCUCUCUUCUCCUGGUGUCACUGCGCGAGAUGAACGGUACUUCCGGAAUGCCCUGACCUGGGAUCCGCAUCGGUGGGAAUCGCGUGUUGAGGACCAGGUUGAUGAGACUGAUACAGUAGAUUAUGGGUAUGGUGCAGUGUCGAAGGGUACGCGCAGCCCGUACUUGCCGUUCGGGGCUGGUAGGCACCGGUGCAUUGGGGAGAAAUUUGCCUAUAUGAAUCUGGCGGUUAUUGUUGCGACUCUUGUGAGGGAGUUCAAGUUUUAUAACCCUGAAGAUCGGGUUGGGGUUCCGGAGACGGAUUAUUCGGCCGGUGCAGCCUGCGACAGUGCGGUGGGAACGUAG